CCCCCCGCGGAGGGCCCCGCUGGGCCGUGGAGCGCUGGGCCGCGGGCGCCGUCUCUAUGGCCGGUUUGGCCCUGCGGCGGCCCGAGUGCCACAGCCGGACGCGGUUUGCGGGGUCGCCUCUCCCCCUAUGGGGGCUCGUGUCCAUCGGGGACCCCUACGGGCCCUAGCGGGCGGCCCCCUGCACAAGGACCCCGUCUCCGGGGCCUUCCCCGCGUCCGCAGGGCCCGCCCCCCGCGGCCCUCUCCCUGGCCGGGACUGCGGGGCCAUGCCGCGCCUGUGAAGGUUGCGUCUGCCAUCGAGGGUCCCCUCCGGUCUCCACGGCCCCCCGCUCUCUGAGGCUCGGUGCCGGCGGCGGUGAUGGCCUUGGGCGGGGCUCUGGCCGCGGCCCUGGCGCUGGCCUUGGCAGUGCUGGGGCCCUGGUCGCUCAGGGUCCUGGCGGGUGACUGCAAGGGGCAGCGGCAGGUGCUGCGGGAGGCGCCAGGCUUCGUGACGGACGGUGCGGGCAACUACAGCGUCAAUGGCAACUGCGAGUGGCUUAUCGAGGCCCCGAGCCCUCAGCACCGAAUCCUGCUGGACUUCCUCUUCCUGGACACCGAGUGCACCUACGACUACCUGUUUGUGUAUGACGGUGACUCGCCCCAGGGCCCCCUGCUCGCCAGUCUGAGCGGGAGCACCCGGCCCCCGCCCAUCGAGGCUUCCUCAGGCAAGAUGCUGCUCCACCUCUUCAGCGAUGCCAACUACAACCUGCUGGGCUUUAACGCGUCCUUCCGCUUCUCCCUGUGUCCGGGAGGCUGCCGGAACCACGGGCAGUGCAAGUCCCCGGGCGUGUGCGUCUGUGAGCCGGGCUGGGGAGGGCCAGACUGCGGCCUGCAGGAGUGCUCAGCCUACUGUGGCAGCCACGGCACCUGCAUCUCGCCCCUGGGACCAUGCCGCUGCGAGCCCGGCUUCCUGGGCCGAGCCUGUGACCUGCACCUGUGGGAGAACCAGGGGGCCGGCUGGUGGCACGCCGUGAGCGCCGGGGACCCCGCCUUCUCUGCCCGCAUCGGGGCCGCCGGCGCCUUCCUGGCCCCGCCAGGGCUGCUGGCUGUCUUUGGAGGCCAGGACCUCAACAAGGCCCUUGGUGACCUUGUCCUGUACAACUUCUCCACCAACACCUGGGAGUCCUGGGACCUGAGUCCUGCUCCGGCUGCCCGUCACUCCCACGUGGCCGUGGCCUGGGCCGGCUCCCUGGUGCUGAUGGGGGGGGAGCUGGCCAACGGCUCGCUCACCAACGAUGUGUGGGCCUUCAGCCCCCUGGGCGGAGGCCACUGGGAGCUCCUGGCCCCGCCUGCCCCCAGUUCCUCCGGGCCGCCGGGCCUGGCAGGCCACGCCGCCGCUCUGGUGGACGACACCUGGCUGUACGUGUCUGGCGGUCGCACACAGCGUGACCUUUUUUCCUCCGGCCUUUUCCGCUUCCGCCUGGACCGCAGCAGCAGGGGCUACUGGGAGCAGGUGAUCCCGGCGGGUGGACGGCCCCCAGCUGCCACUGGCCACUCCAUGGUGUUCCACGCCCCCUCCCGUACCCUGCUGGUCCACGGUGGGCACCGGCCUUCCACUGCGCGGUUUUCCGUGCGGGUGAACUCCACCGAGCUCUUCCACGUGGAUCGGCGCGUGUGGACCACGCUCAAGGGCCGGGAUGGGCUCCAGGGUCCCCGGGAGCGAGCCUUCCACACGGCCAGUGUUCUGGGAAACUACAUGGUGGUCUAUGGGGGCAAUGUGCACACCCAUUACCAGGAGGAAAAGUGCUAUGAAGAUGGCAUCUUCUUCUACCACCUUGGGUGCCACCAGUGGGUGUCAGGGGCGGAGCUUGCCCCACCAGGAACCCCUGAGGGCCGGGCAGCGCCUCCGCGAGGUCGCUACUCCCACGUGGCGGCUGUUCUUGGCGGCAGCGUCCUGCUGGUGGCCGGGGGGUACAGCGGCCGGCCUCGCGGGGACCUCAUGGCCUACAAGGUGCCACCCUUCGUGUUUCAGGCACCGGCCCUGGAUUACCACCUGGACUAUUGCUCCAUGUACACGGACCACAGUGUCUGCUCCCGAGACCCGGAAUGUAGCUGGUGUCAGGGGGCCUGCCAGGCUGCACCCCCUCCCGGGACCCCCUCAGGAGCCUGUCCAGCGGCCAGCUGCCUGGGCCUCGGCCGCCUGCUGAGCGACUGCCAGGCGUGCCUGGCCUUCAGUAGCCCCGCAGCCCCGCCCCGGGGACCCGGCGCCCUAGGGUGGUGUGUGCACAAUGAGAGCUGCCUUCCUCGGCCUGAGCAGGCCCGCUGCCGAGGGGAGCAGAUCUCCGGCACCGUGGGCUGGUGGGGGCCGGCGCCUGUCUUUGUCACCUCCCUGGAGGCCUGCGUCACCCAGAGCUUCCUGCCUGGCCUGCACCUGCUGACCUUCCAGCAGCCACCCAACGCCUCUCAGCCUGACAAGGUGUCCAUUGUCCGGAGUACCACGAUCACCCUGACCCCCAGCCCGGAAACAGACGUGUCCCUGGUCUACCGCGGGUUCAUCCACCCGCUGCUGCCCGGAGGGCCAGGCGGCCCCGGCGCUGACGAUGUGGCCGUGUGGGCUCGGGCCCAGCGCCUUCAUGUCUUGGCCCGGAUGGCCAGAGGCCCUGACACUGAGAACAUGGAGGAGGUGGGGCGCUGGGUGGCCCAGCAGGAGAAGGAGACGCGGCGCCUGCAGCGCCCUGGCUCUGAACGCCUCUUCCCAGUGCCCGGGAGAGGCCACAAGUAUGCGGUGGAGAUCUGCGGCCAGCUCAACGGCUCUGCAGGCCCCGGGCAUAGCGAGCUCACGCUCCUGUGGGAUCGCACUGGAGUGCCGGGCGGCAGUGAAAUCUCCUUCUUCUUCCUGGAGCCCUACCGGUCUUCGGCCUGCGCCUCCUACUCCUCCUGCCUGGGCUGCCUGGCUGAUCAGGGCUGUGGCUGGUGCCUGAACAGUGCCACCUGCCACCUUCGUCAGGGCCGCGCGCACUGUGAGGAUGAUGGGGCCGGAGAGUCCCUGCUGGUGCUGGUGCCCGCCCUCUGUCCACUCUGUGAGGAGCACCGUGACUGCCAUGCCUGCACCCAGGACCCCUUUUGUGAGUGGCAUCAGAGCACCAACCGCAAAGGGGACGCGGCGUGCAGCCGGCGAGGCCGGGGUCGAGGCGCUCUGAAGAGCCCGGAGGAAUGCCCUUCGCUCUGCAGCCAACGCCUGACCUGUGAGGAUUGCCUGGCCAACUCCAGCCAGUGUGCCUGGUGCCAGUCCACGCACACCUGCUUCCUGUUCGCUGCCUACCUGGCCCGGUACCCGCACGGGGGCUGCCGGGGCUGGGACGACAGUGUGCAUUCGGAGCCAAGGUGCAGGAGCUGCGCCGGCUUCCUCACGUGCCACGAGUGUCUGCAGAGCCACGAGUGUGGCUGGUGUGGCAACGAGGACAACCCCACUCUGGGACGGUGCCUACAAGGAGACUUCUCUGGACCCCUGGGUGGGGGGAACUGCUCCCUGUGGGUGGGAGAGGGCCUGGGGCUGCCUGGGGCUCUCCCUGCCCGCUGGGCUUAUGCCCGCUGUCCAGACGUGGACGAAUGUCGCCUUGGCCUGGCGAGGUGUCACCCCCGUGCAACCUGCCUGAACACGCCUCUCAGCUACGAAUGUCGCUGCCAGCGUGGCUACCAGGGCGACGGCGUCACACACUGUAACCGCACGUGCCUGGAAGACUGUGGCCAUGGCGUGUGCAGCGGUCCACCGGACUUCACCUGUGUGUGCGACCUGGGCUGGACCUCAGAUCUGCCCCUGCCCACCCCUGCCCCGGGACCCCCCACCCCCCGCUGCUCUCGAGACUGCGGCUGCAACUUCCACAGCCACUGCCACAGGCGGGGGCCUGGCUUCUGUGACGAGUGUCAGGACUGGACGUGGGGGGAGCACUGUGAACGGUGCCGGCCGGGCAGCUUUGGCAACGCAACAGGCUCUGGUGGCUGCCGGCCCUGCCAGUGCAACGGGCAUGGAGACCCUCGCCGUGGCCACUGUGACAACCUCAGUGGGCUCUGCUUCUGCCAGGACCAUACUGAGGGUGCCCACUGUCAGAUUUGCUCACCAGGAUACUACGGGGACCCCCGAGCUGGCGGCUCCUGCUUCCGGGAGUGUGGGGGCCGCGCCCUCCUCACCAACGUGUCCUCGGUGGCUCUGGGCUCCCGCCGCUUUGGGGGACUUUUGCCUCCAGGUGGCGGGGCAGCAAGAGCGGGGCCUGGCCUGUCCUACUGCGUGUGGGUUGUCUCAGCCACGGAAGAGCUGCAGCCCUGUGCUCCGGGGACCCUCUGUCCCCCGCUCACCCUCACCUUCUCUCCCGACAGCAGCACCCCCUGCACACUGAGCUACGUCCUGGCCUUCGAUGGAUUUCCGCGCUUCCUGGACACUGGUGUUGUCCAGUCAGAUCGGAGCCUCAUCGCUGCCUUCUGUGGCCAGCGGCGGGACAGACCCCUCACCGUGCAGGCUCUAUCCGGGUUACUUGUGUUGCACUGGGAGGCCAACGGCUCCUCGUCCUGGGGCUUCAAUGCUUCGGUGGGCUCCGCCCGAUGUGGAUCAGGGGGUCCUGGCAGCUGCCCUGUCCCCCAGGAGUGUGUGCCCCAGGAUGGGGCGGCAGGUGCUGGCCUCUGCCGCUGUCCUCAGGGCUGGGCUGGCCCUCACUGCCGCAUGGCUCUGUGUCCUGAGAACUGCAAUGCCCACAGUGGGGCGGGGAUCUGUAACCAGAGCCUCGGUGUGUGCGUCUGUGCUGAGGGCUUCGGUGGCCCAGACUGCGCCACAAGGCUGGACGGUGGGCAGCUGGUGUGGGAGACGCUCAUGGACAGCCGCCUCUCAGCUGACACUGCUAGUCGCUUCCUGCACCGCCUGGGUCACACCAUGGUAGAGGGGCCUGACGCCACCUUGUGGAUGUUUGGGGGCCUGGGCCUGCCCCAGGGCCUGCUGGGAAACCUGUACAGGUAUUCAGUCAGUGAGCGCAGGUGGACACAGAUGCUGGCAGGAGCUGAGGAUGGGGGCCCAGGCCCGUCACCCCGCUCCUUCCACGCAGCUGCCUACGUGCCUGCUGGCCGGGGGGCCAUGUACCUGCUGGGGGGCCUCACAGCUGGAGGCGUCACCCGGGACUUCUGGGUGCUCAACCUCACUACCCUGCAGUGGCGACAGGAGAAGGCCCCUCAGAACAUGGAGUUGCCAGCCGUUGCUGGCCACACCCUAACUGCCCGGCGAGGCCUAUCUCUGCUCCUGGUGGGGGGCUACUCCCCAGAAAAUGGCUUCAACCAGCAGUUGUUGGAGUACCAGCUGGCGACUGGCACCUGGGUGUCUGGAGCCCAGAGUGGGACACCCCCAACAGGUCUCUAUGGUCAUUCUGCGGUCUACCACGAGGCCACAGACUCCCUCUACGUGUUUGGCGGUUUCCGCUUCCAUGUGGAGCUGGCGGCGCCCUCCCCAGAGCUCUACUCCCUGCACUGCCCUGACCGCACCUGGAGCUUGCUGGCUCCUUCUCAGGGGGCAAAGCCCCGGCCCCGCCUUUUCCAUGCUUCAGCUCUGCUGGGAGACACCAUGGUGGUCCUCGGGGGCCGCUCAGACCCUGAUGAGUUCAGCAGUGACGUUCUGCUCUACCAGGUCAACUGUAACACCUGGCUGCUGCCGGACCUCACCCGUCCAGCCCUUGUGGGGUCCCCAGUGGAGGAGUCUGUGGCCCAUGCAGUGGCCGCAGUGGGUGGCCGCCUGUACGUCUCCGGAGGAUUUGGAGGAGUGGCCUUGGGCCGCCUGCUGGCAUUGACCCUGCCCCCUGACCCCUGCCGUCUAUUGCCUUCACCUGAAGCCUGUAACCAGUCUGGGGCCUGCAGCUGGUGCCAUGGUGCUUGCCUGUCUGGAGACCAGGCCCACAGGCUGGGCUGUGGGGUGCCCCCGUGCUCCCCGAUGCCUCGCUUGCCCGAGGAGUGCCGGAGGCUGCGGACCUGCAGCGAGUGCCUGGCCCGACACCCUCGGACCCUGCAGCCUGGGGACGGGGAGGCAGCCCCUCCCCGCUGUAAGUGGUGCACCAACUGCCCAGAGGGGGCCUGCAUCGGGCGCAACGGCUCCUGCACGUCAGAGAACGACUGUCGGAUCAACCAGCGCGAGGUCUUCUGGGCCGGGAACUGCUCGGAGGCUGCGUGCGGGGCCGCCGACUGUGAGCAGUGCACGCGCGAGGGCAAGUGCAUGUGGACGCGGCAGUUCAAGAGGACGGGGGAGACGCGCCGGAUCCUGUCGGUGCAGCCCACGUACGACUGGACCUGCUUCAGCCACUCCCUGCUGAACGUGUCUCCCAUGCCGGUCGAGUCGUCGCCUCCGCUGCCCUGCCCCACGCCCUGCCACCUCCUCCCCAACUGCACGUCCUGCCUGGCGUCCAAGGGCGCGGAUGGGGGCUGGCAGCACUGUGUGUGGAGCAGCAGCCUUCAGCAGUGUCUGAGCCCUUCUUACCUGCCCUUGCGGUGCAUGGCUGGAGGCUGUGGGCGGCUGCUCAGGGGCCCCGAGAGCUGCUCCCUGGGCUGUGCUCAGGCCACACAGUGUGCCCUGUGCCUACGGCGCCCCCAGUGCGGCUGGUGUGCCUGGGGCGGCCAGGACGGGGGUGGCCGCUGCGUGGAAGGUGGCCUCAGUGGCCCCCGAGACGGGCUGACAUGUGGACGCCCUGGGGCAUCCUGGGCCUUCCUGUCCUGCCCCCCUGAGGAUGAGUGUGCAAACGGGCACCAUGACUGCAAUGAGACUCAGAACUGCCGCGACCAGCCCCACGGCUAUGAGUGCAGCUGCAAGACGGGCUACACCAUGGACAAUGUGACUGGUGUGUGCCGCCCUGUGUGUGCGCAGGGCUGUGUGAACGGCUCCUGCGUGGAGCCCGAUCACUGCCGGUGUCACUUCGGCUUUGUUGGCCGCAACUGCUCCACAGAGUGUCGCUGCAACCGCCACAGCGAGUGUGCAGGCGUUGGUGCCCGGGACCACUGCCUGCUGUGCCGGAACCACACCAAGGGUAGCCACUGUGAGCAGUGUCUUCCGCUGUUUGUGGGUUCAGCUUUGGGGGGCGGAACCUGCCGGCCCUGCCAUGCCUUCUGCCGAGGGAACAGCCUCACGUGUGUCUCCAGGAAAGAGCUCGAAAUGGCCAGGAAGGAGCCAGAGAAGUACUCACUGGAUCCAGAGCAGAUUGAAAGCUGGGUGACAGAAGGGCCUAGUGAAGAUGAAGCCGUGUGUGUCAACUGCCAGAAUAACAGCUAUGGGGACAAGUGUGAGAGCUGCCUCCACGGCUACUUCCUCCUGGACGGGAAGUGCACCAAGUGCCAGUGUAACGGCCACGCUGACACCUGUAAUGAGCAGGACGGGACAGGCUGCCCGUGCCAGAACAACACGGAGACGGGUACCUGCCAGGGCAGCUCCCCCAGUGACCGCCGAGACUGCUACAAGUACCAGUGCGCCAAGUGCCGCGAGUCCUUCCACGGGAGCCCCCUGGGGGGCCAGCAGUGUUACCGCCUCAUCUCGGUGGAGCAGGAGUGCUGCCUGGACCCCACCUCCCAGACCAACUGCUUCCACGAGCCCAAGCGCCGGGCGCUGGGGCCGGGCCGCACCGUGCUCUUCGGCGUGCAGCCCAAGUUCACCAACGUGGACAUCCGCCUGACGCUGGACGUGACCUUCGGCGCCGUGGACCUGUAUGUCUCCACCUCCUAUGACACCUUCGUGGUGCGCGUGGCCCCCGACACGGGCGUCCACACGGUGCACAUCCAGCCGCCGCCCCCGCCGCCGCCGCCGCCCCCGCCCCCGGCGGACGGGGGGCCCCGGGCCGCCGAGCUGGGGGCCCCAGGGACCGGGGGCGCGGCGGGAGCCGCCGAGCCGCGCGUGCGCGAGGUGUGGCCGCGGGGCCUGAUCACCUACGUGACGGUGACGGAGCCAUCGGCCGUGCUGGUGGUGCGCGGCGUGCGCGACCGGCUGGUGAUCACCUACCCCCACGAGCACCACGCCCUCAAGUCCAGCCGCUUCUACCUGCUGCUGCUGGGCGUGGGCGACCCCGGCGCGCCCGGCGCCAACGGCUCGGCCGACUCGCAGGGCCUGCUCUUCUUCCGGCAGGACCAGGCGCACAUCGACCUGUUCGUCUUCUUCUCCGUGUUCUUCUCCUGCUUCUUCCUCUUCCUCUCCCUCUGUGUGCUCCUCUGGAAGGCCAAGCAGGCCCUGGACCAGCGGCAGGAGCAGCGGCGGCACCUGCAGGAGAUGACCAAGAUGGCCAGCCGCCCCUUUGCCAAGGUCACGGUCUGCUUCCCCCCGGACCCGGGCCCCGCGCCUGCCUGGAAGCCCGCGGGGCUCCCGCCGCCCGCCUUCCGCCGCUCCGAGCCCUUCCUCACGCCGCUGCUGCUGACGGGCGCCGGGGGCCCCUGGGGGCCCCUGGGGGGCGGCUGCUGCCCGCCCGCGCUCCCGGCCCCCGCCGGCCUGCGCGCCGGGCCCAUCACCCUGGAGCCCACGGAGGACGGCAUGGCGGGCGUGGCCACGCUGCUGCUGCAGCUGCCCGGCGGCCCCCACGCACCCAACGGGGCCUGCCUCGGCUCAGCCCUCGUCACGCUGCGCCACAGGCUGCACGAGUACGGCGGGGGCGGCGGCGGCGGCGGCGGGCACGGCGGGGGCGGCGGCCGGAAGGGGCUGCUGAGCCAGGACAACCUCACCAGCAUGUCCCUUUGACCCGUCGAGGGUCCUCGCUCCGCAUGGGCAGCCCGGACAGUCCUCACCGCGGCUCCCUCGCCCCAGGCUCCCCCUCUGUUCUGCACUUAGCAACUAUUUAUUGAGCAUCGCUCAGCACAGCCCAGUUGCGGGCACAGCGAAGCAGGUGUGACGGGGGCUCCCCUCCCGGGUGGGACCUGGGUUCUCGCAGAAGGGGCUGAGCACACAGACACAGGCUCAGAGAAGUGGCUCCAGGCCUUAGAGUGUGGCACUGAGGGCUUAUGGGAAGGGUCGAAACUCGCCGAGGAGGGACGGACGGACGGAGGGAAGGUCUUUGGGAAGUUAAUUCAGAGUUGAGGGAAAGGCUGAAAGUCCCGAGGCUGGAACCGCCUGUUCUGUCAGAGGAGCUGGGAACCUGGAGCCCAGUCAGUGUGAGGUGAGCCGGGGCAGACGGGACCUUGGAGCUCAGGCGCAGCAGUGGGAAGCUGUUGGCCAGCUCUGUGGUGGGCAGUGAGGACCACGUUGAAGGCUCCCUAGGCCGCAGAGGCCGCAGGAGGGUGAUGCAGGCCGAGUGACCGGAUGUGGCGGAUGUUAGGGAAAGGAGGAGGACAGGCAGAGUGGCCUCUGUCCUAAGAUGGGCAGACUGGGCACUGUGGGAAAAUGAGUUCACUGUGGGCGAGAGUCGGGGUUCCUGCAGAGCGGCUGAGUGUAGUGGGUUGUGCUGGCGAAGGACCCCCAGAGUAGGAGCGUUCCUGGCUGCUGUCUGCCCUGGGCUGCAGGGGCUGAGUUCGUUGGAAACUCAGGCUGAUUUCCGGGGAGCCUCAGGAGAUGCCUGAGAGGCUCACCCCACCCUGGCGGGUGGGGGUCCCUGGAGGGGCCAUCAUUUGGUUCUCUUUCUUGAGUCUUUGGGGCUCUCUCCAGAGACCACCCCAACCUGGCUCAACUCUUUUGGACUCAGGAGCUCUUCUGCUUAGGACCCCUUCCCUGAAUCCUAGGCAGUGCCCUGAGCUUGGGGCUCUUGCUCUUCCAGCUGCUGCUUUGGUCCUGGGGUGGGGGUUGGGCCAGCCUCUUUCCAAUGCUGGGGUUACCCCAGUCGGAGAGGUCCUUGCUACUGUGUGCAUGCCAGAGAGCAGGGCUCACAGCUCAACAGGAGGGCGACUGAAGCAACAAAUAAAGUGUCAGAAAGACUCCA